CACUCGCUGGUACAGUACGUACAUAGAUGGGGGCUGUGGGUCUACCGCACUUGUGAUCGCGACGUCUUACUAGAUCGAUGCAUAUGCAUGCUCGGAUGCUCACAGCAACACGCCAAAAGCGGUCGAUAACAAAAACAAGUGUUGACUCGCUGUCGAUCGGCAUUUGACAAUUCUGGUGCGCCGGUGGAUAUUCUACCCAUUUCUUCUACUGUUCUACUGUGUACCCCGCCAGGUGUUCUUAGUUUCUUAUCCACAGAGUUUACAUGGGAGGGCCUAGUCUUGACAGUUCACAAGUACUAUGAUUUCUUUCUAAUACAACAGACCUUCGCAUUCCUACCGAUCUGUUUGAUCCUGUCGAACUAAUUGCCAUCUGCAUUGAACCUAUAACUACUGUCCAACCAAAAGGCAAAAUGGGAAGACACGGCCACACAUGGACCAUCUUUAAACCUAAGUGCAUGGCUUAGUGUUUCGCGUAAUCAUCUAACAGAUGCCAAGAGAACAACUCAUGGUCUGGGGAACAGCCGGCCAAUACAUUGCUAGCUGGACAUGCUUUUAUCCUGAAUGAUGCUCACGGACAAGGGCCAGAUUGAAAGUGUUAACCACUCUCAAAAGUUCAGAACACAACAGCUUACCCCCUGUGGCGUGUAGCACAGUCGUCGGAACAUAACACCACAGCACACGAGAACAGAUCUUGCGCAAGCUUGGAAGGAUUUUUCUCCGUCAAAAAGAGAACACACUUGGAAGGAUUCUGCGGCAAUAAUUCUCCUCCUUCCAAUUGUUUAAGUUCCUGCCUGGCAGCCUCCCGCGGCAUUUCCGACGAAACCGCUAUAUAAAGCGAGCCGAUCUCCCAACAUAGCUCCCCGUACUUGUUGCAGCCAUAUCUUGCGCUAGCUUCUCUUCUCGCUUCCCUCCGCGUGCACCGCCAUUGCCCUAGACUUGAUCUAAUAGGAUCGAUCGAUACAGUAGCUGACAGUCUUCUAGUUACACCUUGGAGUCCAUGGAAGCACUAUGGGUUGUUGCCUUGGCCAUGGCCGUAGCAUUCAUCCUGUGGGCGUACAGAUGGAGCCACCCCAAGGCGAAUGGCCGGCUGCCUCCGGGCUCCCUCGGCCUCCCUCUCCUCGGCGAGACCAUGCAGUUCUUCGCCCCUAAUCCUACCUGCGACGUCUCCCCCUUUGUCAAGGACAGGGUGAACAGGUACGGUACCAUCUUCAAGACCAGCGUCGUCGGCCGAGCGGUGGUGGUGUCGGCCGACCCGGACCUUAACCACUACGUGUUCCAGCAGGAGGGCAAGCUGUUCGAGAGCUGGUACCCAGCCACCUUCACCGAGAUUUUUGGCCGCGACAACGUCGGCUCCCUGCACGGGUUCAUGUACAAGUACCUCAAGACCCUCGUGCUCCGCCUGUACGGCCAGGAGAACCUCCGGGCUGUGCUCCUCGGCGACACGGACACUGCCUGCCGCGCCACCCUCGCCUCCUGGGCUGGCCAGCCGAGCGUCGAGCUCAAGGACGGCCUCUCCACCAUGAUCUUUGACAUUACCGCGAAGAAGCUGAUCGGUUACGAGCCAACCAAGUCGUCCGAGAGCCUGAGGAAGAACUUCGUGGCCUUCAUCCGGGGGCUUAUCUCCUUCCCGGUGAACAUCCCCGGCACCGCGUAUCAUGAGUGUAUGAAGGGGAGAAGGAACGCCAUGACCGUGCUCAAGAGGAUGAUGAGGGAGAGGCUGGCGGACGAGGGGAGGCAGCGUGAGGACUUCCUCGACGUGAUGAUCGAGGAGCUGAGGAGGGAGAAGCCUGUGCUCACCGAGACCGUGGCGCUGGACCUAAUGUUCGUGCUCCUCUUCGCGAGCUUCGAGACGACUGCCUUGGCCCUCACGCUAGGCAUCAGGCUCAUUACCGAGAACCCGAGGGUGCUCGAGGUGUUAACGGAGGAGCAUGAGGCGAUUGUUAGGGACAGGAAGGACCCGGAUGCCGGCCUCACGUGGGCAGAGUACAAGUCCAUGACCUUCACCUCUCAGGUCACGUUGGAGAUAGCAAGGAUAGCCAACAUCGUGCCCGGGAUUUUUCGGAAGGCCUUGCAAGACAUUGAAUUCAAAGGCUACACUAUUCCAGCAGGGUGGGCAGUCAUGGUGUGCCCUCCAGCAGUGCAUCUAAAUCCCGAAAUCUACGAGGACCCAUUGGCGUUUAACCCAUGGAGGUGGCAGGAUAAGACGGAAAUCACCGGUGGAACAAAGCAUUUCAUGGCGUUCGGUGGGGGUCUCAGGUUCUGCGUCGGAACCGACCUCAGCAAGGUCCUGAUGGCGACCUUCAUCCACUGCCUGGUGACAAAAUACAGAUGGAAGACGGUAAAAGGAGGUAACAUAAUGCGUACCCCAGGGCUGAGCUUCCCAGAUGGCUUUCACAUUCAGCUCUUCCCUAAGAACUGACAUCACAUGUUUGUCGGCUCAAUCUGGCUGUUUGCAGCAAAAAGUCAAGAAAUAACUAUGUAAAUGUGGUAUAUGUAGAUUGUAAAGCACUCCUUGAGGUCGUUUUAGGGCACCUUUUUGGCUCAUUGUUACUCUGGUAGUAGUAUUGUAGUCACACCACAGAAAAAUUAGUCCUCUAGUCCAAGCAAGAGGUAAUUGUUUUUUAAGGGGUUGUGUAUUGAAUUAGGUAACAUUGUCAUUGUUACAAUCACGCAAGGCCAGUUCCAU